GUCUCGGCCCGGGAGCCGAGGGACCAUCUGGGCUACCGAGCGCAGUUGGUUAGUGCCGGGGCUGGGCUGAGGCGCCGCGCUACCAUGAGGCGCCGGUAUUUAAGAGAUUAUGGCAUCUGAAGCCCACAAUGUUAAAAAACGAGGCUUUUGUAAUAAUAUUGAGGAUCAUUCCACUGAUCUUCCUAGAAAAAGGAUCUCUCAUUUUACUAAUAAGAACAUGAAGGAGGUUAAGAAAUCUCCAAAACAGUUGGCUGCUUACAUAAAUAGAACAGUUGGACAAGCUGUGAAAAGCCCAGAUAAACUACGUAAGGUGAUCUAUCGCAGAAAGAAAGUGUAUCAUCCUUUUCCAAAUCCUUGUUACAGAAAAAAACAGUCCCCUAGAAGUGGGGGCUGUGACAUGGCAAAUAAAGAAAAUGAACUGGCUUGUGCAGGUCACCUGCCUGAAAAAUUACGCCAUGAUAGUCGAACAUAUUUGAUUAACUCCAGUGAUUCUGGUUCUUCACAGACAGAAAGCCCAUCAUCAAAAUAUAGUGGGUUUUUUUCUGAGGUUUCUCAGGACCAUGAAACAAUGGCACAGGUUUUGUUCAGCAGGAAUUUGAGAUUGAAUGUAGCUUUAACAUUCUGGAGAAAGAGAAGUAUAAGUGAACUUGUAGCUUAUUUGGUGAGGAUAGAAGACCUUGGAGUUGUUGUGGAUUGCCUUCCUGUGCUCACCAAUAGUUUACAGGAAGAAAAACAAUACAUCUCACUUGGCUGCUGUGUAGAUUUGUUGCCUCUAGUAAAAUCCCUACUUAAAAGCAAGUUUGAAGAAUAUAUAAUAGUUGGUUUAAACUGGCUUCAAGCAGUCAUAAAAAGGUGGUGGUCUGAACUGUCAUCCAAAACAGAAAUUAUAAAUGAUGGAAAUAUUCAGAUUUUAAAACAACAAUUAAGUGGAUUAUGGGAACAAGAAAACCAUCUUACUUUGGUUCCGGGAUAUACUGGUAAUAUAGCCAAGGAUGUAGAUGCUUAUUUAUUACAGUUGCAUUGAGAGACUUCAUCUACUAAAGAGCAUUUGAUUACUCAAAACGUCCCCAGAUUUCCAAAAAAAAAAAAGAAAGAAAGAAAGAAAGAAAUUCUCACCUGAGAACUGUGAACUGUGGAAGAGAUCAAAACGUUUUUGUUUUUGUUUUUGUUUUUUUUUACUUUAAAAAGCCACAUACGAAACCACUAAUGAAACCCUAGCAAUCUACUUCACAUUGAAGUGGAAAAAUAUCCAAAAGGAGCAGCUUCAACUUCGAAGAGGUGAAAAUGCACUAUGAAGAUUGUUUGCCUUUGCUGCAUUUGGGAUUUAUAUGGUUAUUUGGUAACAUUGUUUAAGAACCACUGGGUCUUAAUGCAGUCCUGCAUAAGAAUAUAAUUUAUACUAUGUCAGAAAGAAAACAGGACUUAUUACUAGGAAUCACAAAAACCAAUCAUCGUGACUUUUGUGAAGAUUGUGUCUUAUAAGAAAACACUUAAAUGUGUGCAGCUAUUUUCUUAUUUUGAAAAGACUUUGCAAGUUUAAAAUGUCAUAGCAAAUAAUCAGUACUAAAUAUUUGUCCACACUGAGAUACUGUGUAUACAAAAUGCCUUAAUUAUUAAUAAGCCAAUGCAUAUGAUACCAAUAUCUGUUUAAAAAAAUUAAAACCAACCAUGCUUCUGGCAUGAUAAGAUCAUGGAAUUAAAUCAGGGGUUUCCACUCAUGUAAAAUGUUGUUGUUAAAACUAUUCCAUACCAUUUUUAAAACUUGAGAAUAUUUUUAGUAUCUCUGAUUUUUCUUUUUGCCAGAAUCAUUCUGUCAGUAUGUAUGUAUGUGUUAUCACUAUAGAAAAGAAAAAGGUGAAUAUGUAUUUCUAUGAAUGCUUAACUAGAAAUGUCCAUGGAGUUGGCUAAUUUAUAUUCACUUUUUAUUGUAUAUAGAAUCCUAAUAUUUUCAGUUCUGUAUCAUUUAAGCUUUCUUCAUUUGAGUAAAUUCACUAAAUAUUUAAAAAAAAAAAAAAAA